UGCUCGUGCGCGCGCACUGAAAACAACUCGCCAGCAUCCUCGCGCAAGCGACGCUCAGGAGAAAGCUGACUGAUUUUCACUCUUCUUUUUAACUCGUCCUUUUUUCUUCACAAAGACUUUUUGAUAUUUUUUCUUAUUAGUCUCUAUUUUGACAUUGCGAACCAAUGUCGUGGCAGGUUAUCUGGCGUUAGCUAGGCGCUGAAUUUUGUGUCGUUUUUUUUCCUGAGAAGCGGCAGUUCCUCGAAACCCUGGAUCUCGAGAUGGACUUGAGACUUUUGUCGUUUUUGCUUAAUCUGGUAUUAGUCUUUCUAGUUUUGUCCUCAGCCCAGGACACAAAUGAAGAAAUCCCAGAGGGAGCGUCCACCUUAGCGUUUGUCUUUGAUGUCACCGGCUCCAUGUACGAUGAUUUAGUUCAAGUGAUUGAAGGAGCAUCGAAGAUUUUGGAGACGUCCCUCAGCAGACCCAAGAGACCACUGUACAACUUCGCCUUGGUUCCUUUUCAUGACCCAGAGAUUGGACCUAUUACAAUUACAACAGAUCCAAAGAAGUUUCAGGAUGAGCUACGGGAGCUCUAUGUCCAGGGUGGUGGAGACUGUCCAGAGAUGAGCAUUGGAGCCAUCAAGAUUGCCCUUGAAAUCUCCCAACCAGGGUCUUACAUUUACGUGUUUACAGAUGCCCGAUCAAAAGACUACAGGUUGACCCAUGAGGUUCUCCAACUCAUUCAGCAGAAACAGUCACAGGUGGUGUUUGUGCUGACGGGUGACUGUGAUGACAGAUCUCAUGUUGGCUAUAAGGUGUAUGAGGAGAUCGCCUCAACCAGCUCAGGACAGGUGUUCCAUCUGGACAAAAAGCAAGUCAAUGAGGUGUUGAAAUGGGUGGAAGAGGCAGUGCAGUCCUCUAAAGUUCACUUGCUCUCCACUGAUCAUCAGCUUGGCCUUGUUAACAGCUGGCAGAUCCCCUUUGACCCCAGCCUGAAAGAAGUCACUGUUGCUUUAAGUGGCCCUGCACCAAACAUCGAGAUCCGAAAUUCUCAGGGAAAACUCAUCGGGAUUAAGGAAGGCCUUUCUGAGCUCCUUCACAUCCCCAACUCUGCCAAAGUCCUCAACCUCAAAGAUCCAGCACCAGGAAUGUGGACCAUAAAGACGUCCAGUGAGGGCAGGCACUCUGUCCGUAUAUCAGGUCUCAGCAACAUCGAUUUCCGAGCAGGAUUUUCCCGGAAACACACGCUAGACUUCAAAAUGACAUCCAGCAGGCCAGUUCAAGGAAUACCUACUUUUGUACUGCUGAACACCACCGGACUCUCCCCGCCUGCUCGUGCGGACAGGCUAGAGCUCAUGAGCAUCACCGGUAAUGUAAUGAAGACGCUACCCAUUCGCUACUAUCCUGAGCGACGCCCCUACGGCAUUUGGAACAUCACAGAGUUUGUUCCACCCAAAGAGGCCUUCUUCCUGCGCGUCACCGGUUAUGACCGUGACGGCUUUGUCUUCCAGAGAGUGUCCAGUGUGUCUUACUCCAGCAUUGUACCAGAUGCACCCAAAGUGAGCAUGCCCACUCAUACCCCGGGUUACUACCUGCAGAAGGGCUCUAUUACUUGCUAUGUGGACAGUCUGAUCCCCUAUACCUUACGGUUUACCAGAGAGGGAUUACGUUUGGGCGUAGAUCAACUCUUCAGGGAGUCCUCGAAUGCAUCAUGGGAGAUCACAGAAGUAACCCUGAAGGAUGAGGGCUUUUACGAGUGCAUUGCUAUCAGCAGUGCUGGAACGGGACGGGCUCAGACUUUUCUUGAUGUUUCUGAGCCUCCUCCAGCCAUUACAGUACCUUAUAACGUAACAUCGUACCUUGGUGCAAACGCAGUCCUGACGUGUAUUGUUGCCAGCACGGUGCGCUUUAACCUGACCUGGCAACGGGGUCACGUAGAUGCCAGAUUGGACCAACGCAUGCGCGUCACUGCCAACUUGUCCUUGGAAGUCCAGCGAGUCGCACCUGAUGAUGCCGGCUGGUACACCUGUAUUGCAGCCAAUGAGGGUGGAAUUUCUUCCUCUCGUCUCUACCUCCAUGUGCAAGAACCACCAGUGGUGACAGUGGAUCCAUGGAACCAGACGUUCCGCUCCGGUCAGGAAGUUGGGAUCAGAUGCUCAGCUAAGGGCUACCCCGCACCCAUGGUGGUGUGGACACACAAUGACAUGUUCAUCAUGGGCUCCAGCAGACACAGAAUGACCCUUGAUGGCACACUGGUCAUUAGGAACAUGGAACCGAAGGAUGCAGGGACGUAUGGCUGUUUGGCUAGUAACAUUGCUGGAACCGACACCCAAACUUCCAUACUCACCUACAUAGAGUCUCCACAGGUGACGGUCCCUCAUGCUGAGAUGCUGAUUGGUCUGGGACAGACGGUUGUUUUGGAGUGCAGGGUCACCGGAGUUCCACACCCUGACGUCAUUUGGUACAAAGAUGACGUGCAGCUGAGGUCAUCUGCGUUUUUGAGCGUGGACCCUCAACGUGGCACUCUGAGCAUUCAGAAGGCUCAGGACAAGCAUGCAGGAGAUUACACAUGUGUGGCAGUCAACACAGCUGGAUCUGCACAGGGCUACAUCACGCUGGACGUGGGCUCUGCUCCUCAGUUCACACGAAAGCCAUCUGACCUGUCUGCUGAUAUCGGCACAAACGUCACCUUACCGUGUCACGCCCAGGGUCACCCAGAACCUCAGCUGUCCUGGAGACGAGAGGACAAUGUCGCACUCUUCUCUAAGCACCGCGGCCACAGUACUAUCACUCAAAAAAGUGGCCACCUUUUCAUCACUAACCUUUGGGUGGAAGACGAGGCUAUCUACGUGUGUGAAGCUCAAAACCAGUUUGGCAAAAUCCAGUCCAAAGCCAAAGUCACUGUUACUGGACUGGUGUCUCCUAUGAUAGCUCUGAGUCCAGCAGUGGUCAGUGUGAUAGAAGACCAGCAGGUUACUCUGCCUUGUGUGUUACUGGCUGGAAAUCCUCUUCCUGAGAGACACUGGCUACAUGACAAUGGCUUGGUUGAAUCAAGCCCCUAUGUGACUGUGAGGCUUGAUGGCAGUCUACAUAUAGAACGGGUCAAUCAGCAGGAUGGGGGUCAGUACACCUGUCUGGCCGAAAACGUAGUGGGGUCUAGCAACCGCACCACCAUAGUUAACGUGUACGUGAUGCCCACUAUUCAACAUGGCCCUCAAAUCUUCAGUACCAUUGAAGGGACACCUAUUUCUCUGCCAUGUCGUGCACAUGGAGUCCCAAAACCAGAUGUCACCUGGUCUAAGAGAGGGGAGAUGUUGGAUCUAAGUGGCAGUGCCUUUUCUUUGGAUGAGGAUGGCAGUCUUCACAUUUUCUCUCCCAGCGGUGAGGAGUCUGCCGAGUUUGUGUGCACGGCCACCAAUGCUGCAGGAUACAGCUCCAGAAAGGUCCAGCUCACUGUCUACGUGAGGCCCAGACCGAGCAGUGGUGGUGGAGCAGGGAUAAAGAGUAAUUUAGAUGAGCUGUUGGAGAUGUCUGUUACAGUGGGUGAUGAUGUCACACUACCAUGUGAGGUGAAGAGUGUUCCUCCUCCCAUCAUUACCUGGGCCAAAGACAAGCAGCUCAUCUCCCCCUUCUCUCCCAGACAUGUUCAGCUGUCAUCGGGCUCCAUGACGAUCACAGAGACGCGUGUGACAGACAGUGGCAUCUACGUCUGUGUGGCCACUAACAUAGCAGGAAACUUCACUCAGACUGUCAAACUCAGUGUUCUGGUUCCUCCCAGCAUCCGAGCAGGUCCUCGAACCAUAAAGGUGCAGGUUGGCCAUCCCAUAGAACUGCCCUGUAUUGCACAUGGAGUCCCAGAACCCUCCAUUUCCUGGCUGAAGGAUGGCGCCGCCCUGCUGGAUGGGUCUGACUACAGAAUCUCAGAUGGAUCUCUGAUUCUGAGCCAGGUGGGGCUUAUCGAUGAAGGAACCUAUACCUGCGUGGCCUCCAACAUCGCUGGACAAGAUGAAACCAAUAUUCAGCUCCAGGUGCAAGUCCCGCCUGUGGUGGAGGUAUUAGAGCCCCCUUUCAACAGCCCCUUACAGGAGAGAGUGGCCAACCAGCAGAUCGCCUUCCCCUGCCCUGCCAAAGGAACACCCGAGCCAGUAAUAAAGUGGCUUCGGAACGGUCAGGAUUUGACAGGAAAUGAGCCAGGUGUUUCUAUUUUGGAGGAUGGCACGCUCCUCAUCCUGGCCUCCGUCUCACCUCUGGAUAAUGGCGAGUACACCUGCAUGGCUGUCAAUGAUGCUGGGACAACUGAGAAGAAAUACCAGCUUAAGGUCAACGUCCCACCUGAUAUUCGAGACAGCGGACUGCUGUCCAAUGUCUCUGUAGCAAUGAAUCAACCGACCAACCUGGUGUGUGAUGUCACAGGCACACCUGUACCUGUCAUCACCUGGUACAAAGAUGGAGUUGUGGUAACUUCCAACAGCAAUGUGCAGAUUCUGCAAAAGGGAAAAACUCUGAAAUUUUUGAAAGCAGCUGUUUCAGAUGCUGGCCGCUACACCUGCAAGGCCAUCAACAUUGCCGGAAGCACAGAGAGAGACUUAAACUUGGAUGUUUUGGUUCCUCCUACAAUCAUCGGGACUGUUGGGUCACGUGACAUUUCUGGCAUACUCAAUCAGGAGAUCGUUCUGGAAUGCAGGGUCAAAGGUGAUCCCUUUCCCACAAUUCAGUGGUACAAGGACAGGAAGCCAGUGUUUUUGGUUGACCCCAAUAUUGAAGUUUCAAACAGAGGACAGCAGUUGAAGAUUAAAAGUGCUCGUUUAGGUGACCAGGCCCGAUACCAAUGCAGCGCCACCAACUCGGCAGGAAAGCAGUCUAAAGAAUUUAACCUCAGUAUCUUUGUGCCACCCAGUAUUAAGGGAGGAAACGUGUCUUCUGAGCUGACGGUUCUGCUGGGUAACACUUUGACUUUGGAGUGUGAAGUACGAGGCGUGCCCCUCCCCGCCAUCACUUGGUACAAGAACGGUAAGACCAUUUUGUCCAGCCGACAGGCGCAGUAUGUGGAGCGUGGACAGUUCCUGAAGAUCUCCAGAGCUCAGGUGUCUGAUGCUGGACAGUACACCUGUAAGGUCACCAGUGUCGCUGGCACGGCUGAGAAACUUUAUGAACUGGAUGUCUACGUUCCCCCCUCCAUCACUGGAAAUUCUGAUGGUUCCACAGACGUGAAGGUUGUGCUCAGUAAAUCUCUGAUGUUGACGUGUGAGGCUGAAGGUCACCCUCCUCCCUCACUGACCUGGCUGAAGGAUGGUUCUCCAGUGACGGCUAAAGACAACCUGCGGGUUCUAGAGCAGGGGCGCAAAAUCGAGAUCAUCAGCGCUCUUCCGUCUGAUGCUGGUCGAUAUGCAUGCGUGGCAACCAGCGUUGCUGGAGAGAAAGAGAUCAAAUAUGACGUCAGUGUAUUAGUUCCUCCUGUUGUUGAUGGGGCAAGCGACACCACAGACGCCACAGUCAUCAUCAACAAUAUCUUGGAGCUGGAGUGUCAUGCUAUAGGCACACCUACACCAACCAUUACUUGGCUGAAAGAUGGUCUGCCGGUCAGGCAGGGUGAGGGGGUGCGGAUCACGUCUAAUGGCCGACGGUUGGUCGUGUCUCGUGCUCAGUUGUCUGAUACGGCAGUUUUUCUUUGUGUUGCCACCAAUGAGGCGGGAGAACAAGAGAGAGAGUUUAAAGUAUCUGUGCAUGUCCCCCCAAACAUCCGUUCCACUGGUCCAUCUGACAGGUCAGUGGUCCUCCAGACACCCAUCAGCCUGCAGUGUGUGGCCAGUGGAGUUCCACCUCCCAGCAUCACAUGGCUCAAAGACGGCCGUCCUGUGGACACCACAGGAGAAUUUCUGAAGCUGGAAUCUGCAGGCAGGGUGUUGCAAAUAAAAAUGUCCAGACUGGAGGACGCUGGGAAAUAUACGUGUGUGGCAACUAAUGCGGCAGGAGAGGCCCAACAGCACAUUCGCCUCAAUGUUCAUGAACCUCCCAGCAUCCAGAAUGCUGGAGAGAUACUCAAUGAAACCAUCCUUGCUGGAUUCCAGAUUCAGCUGAAAUGCAAGGCAACAGGAAGUCCUCUACCAGCUGUGACGUGGUAUAAGGAUGGUCGUCCGUUGACCAGCGCUGCAGGGGUUAAUAUUUUGAGCAGAGGUCAGGUGCUGGAGAUUGACCGUGCGCAGGUGUCAGACGCUGGACUCUACAAGUGUGUGGCCAUCAAUGUUGCCGGCAGCACAGAGCUCACACACAGCUUGCAGGUUUAUGUUCCUCCCUCUAUAUCGAGUAAAGGUGGAAUGAUAACAGUGGUGGUAAAUGAUCCAAUCAGAUUGGAGUGUGAAGCCUCAGGACUUCCUGUGCCCAGCCUCACGUGGCUCAAAGAUGGCAGCCCUGUCUCUAGCUUCUCGGAUGGCAUCCAGAUACUGUCAGGUGGCAGAAUAUUGUCGUUUGUUAGUGCACAAGUGGGUGACACGGGUCAUUACACCUGUGUGGCUGUGAACGCAGGUGGGGAACAGCACAGAGAAUACGAGCUACGCGUGUAUGUGCCGCCCAACAUCAUGGGUGAGGAGGUGAACAACACUGUUCUGAUUGGUCAGGCUGUGCAGCUGCAUUGUCAGAGCGAUGCCAUCCCUCCUCCUGCGCUGAGCUGGAGGAAAGACGGUCGACCACUAUAUAGAAAGCCUGGACUCAGUCUGUCAGAGGAUCAGAGCUAUCUUAAGAUUGACAGCGCGCAAGUGCAGGACACAGGCAGAUACACAUGUGAAGCCACCAAUGUGGCAGGAAAAACAGAGAAGAACUAUAACCUGAAUGUGUGGGUUCCUCCCAGUAUUCGUGGAUCUGAUGAGGUGUCUCCUCUGACUGUGAUUGAGGGAAGCCACAUCACACUUGUGUGUGAGUCCAGUGGGAUUCCUCCUCCCAGUCUCACAUGGAAGAAAGACGGCUCAGAGUUGCAGGGAGACUCUCGUGUUCGCAUUCUGUCUGGUGGACGUCAGCUGCAGAUCUCCUGCGCUGAGAGAACAGAUGCUUCUUCUUACACUUGUCUGGCCUCCAGUGCAGCUGGCAGUGCAAUGAAGGAAUACAGCCUGCAAGUCUACGUUCGGCCCUCCAUCAGCUCCUCAACUCAAAGUCUGCAUGAGAAGAUCGUGACACGAGGUGGAGAUGUCACUUUACAGUGUGAAGCAGACGGACUACCCAGACCUGCCAUUUCAUGGCUGAAGGAUGGCAGACCCCUGACUGGCCGCAGGGCUCAGAUACUUAAUGAGGGAAGGUUGUUACGGAUCCGGGUUGCUCAGGUGGCCGACACUGGACGUUACACUUGCAUCGCUGUCAAUGUGGCCGGCCAGGCUGACAGGAAAUAUGACGUUAAUGUACACGUUCCUCCCACCAUUAUCGGGCAGACGCAGGUGCCAGAAAACGUGAGUGUUGUUGUGAAAAACCCCGUUGUUCUGACCUGUGAAGCCUCUGGAAUGCCUCCGCCGGCCAUCACCUGGCUCAAAGACGGCCAGCCACUCAACAUGUCCAGCUCAGUUCGGGUCAUCUCAGGCGGCCGAGGAUUGCGUUUGAUGCAUGCUGCAAGCGAGGAUGCUGGGAGAUACACCUGCAUUGUGUCCAACUCUGCUGGAGAGGAAAGGAAGAACUUUGACCUAAACGUCCUGGUACCACCCAGCAUUAUCAAUGAGGGAACAGUGGAGAAUGUGAAGGUGAAGGAGAAUCAGAACGUCAUCUUCGCCUGUGAGGUCACCGGUAAUCCGGUGCCAGAAAUCACAUGGCUGAAGGAUGGGCAGCCAUUGGCUGGUGAUGCGAGGCUGCAGGUGAUGUCAAACGGCCGGUUCCUUCAGAUCAGUGGAUCACAGGUGGCCGACACAGGCAGGUAUAGCUGCUUGGCAUCAAACAGUGCGGGAGACCGGAGCAGACAUUUCAACCUGAAUGUGUUGGUUUCUCCCACUAUUGCUGGUUCUGAUCCUGAAGGUUUGGCUGAAGAGGUCACUGUGACGCUGAACAGCCCCACCUCUCUCAUUUGUGAAGCUCAGUCGUACCCUCCUGCCAUCAUCACGUGGCUCAAAGAUGGCACGCCCUUUGAAUCGAGCCGCAACGUCAGGGUACUUCCAGGUGGCCGCACUUUACAGAUCCUGAAUGCCAAAGAAGAGGAUGCUGGGAGAUAUACCUGUGUGGCGACUAAUGAAGCCGGAGAGACACUGAAGAACUAUGAGGUCAAAGUUUUCGUCCCUCCGGUUAUCAACAAAAAUGACAUUCCAGGAGAGAGUCUGGCCCCAAAAGAAGUCAAAAUUAAGGUUAAUAAUACCCUUACUCUGGAGUGUGAAGCUCAAGCCGUCCCGACUCCAACAUUAGUGUGGUAUAAGGAUGGACAGAUGCUGAAAGGAGAUGGUCACAUCGCGAUUACAGCUAACGGACGGAUAGUUCAGAUUAAACACACUCAGGUGUCCGAUACAGGCCGAUACACCUGCGUAGCCACCAACAUCGCUGGAGAGGAUGAGAAGGACUUUGAUGUAAAUAUACAAGUUCCCCCUAGUUUUCGAGGCUCUGGUGACUCUGAUUCUGGUAAUAAUGGAGAUGUAAAGGAUGUGAUUCUUAAUAAUCACAUCUCACUGUACUGUGAGACCAAUGCUGUCCCGCCUCCAAUGCUCACCUGGUACAAAGAUGGACACCUGCUGUCCUCCAAUGAUAAAGUACUCAUUCUGCCAGGCGGACGGGUCCUUCAGAUCCCUCGGGCCCAGGAAGAGGAUUCCGGGAGAUACACCUGUGUGGCUGUGAAUGACGCUGGAGAAGACUCAAUCCAGUAUGAUGUCAGGGUGUUGGUGCCCCCGUCGAUUCGUGGUGCAGAUGGUGACCUGCCCAAUGACGUCACAGUGCUGGUUAACAAGACCACAUUACUUGAAUGCCAGGUGGAUGGAAGCCCCGCCCCCAAAAUCAGCUGGAUCAAAGACAGUCAACCUGUCGCUCAAGACAGCACACACAGACUUCUGUCCAAUGGGAGGACAUUGCAGAUUUUGAAUGCACAGGUGACAGAUACCGGACGUUAUGUGUGUGUUGCUCAGAACUUAGCCGGAGCAGCAGAGAAAUACUUUAAUCUUCAUGUGCAUGUGACUCCCUCUAUUGUGGGCGCCAGAGAGGAGAAUGUGACCGUGGUGGUAAAUAACUUCAUAUCUCUAAGCUGUGAGGCCACUGGACUCCCACCUCCCACACUCAGUUGGUUUAAAGACAGGAGACCUGUGCAAGCCAGCACCAACACACUUAUAAUGCCCGGCGGUCGUACUCUCCAGAUUCUAAAGGCAAAGAUGUCUGAUGGUGGGAAAUACAGUUGUGUGGCCAUCAACCCAGCAGGAGAAGCCCAAAAGCUCAUUCAUCUGACAGUAUAUGUGCCCCCCAGUAUCAGACACAACGGUGGAGAUUUUCCAGUGGUCUUAAACGUACGAGCGGGUAAAUCUGCCACUCUGGAGUGUGAAUCUAAUGCUGUGCCUCCUCCCAUCAUCACGUGGUUCAAGAAUGGACGGCUAGUCACUGAGACCACUAACCUGCGCAUACUGGCUGAUGGACAAAUGCUGCAACUUAGAGAGACUGAGGUGUCAGAUACAGGCCAGUACGUCUGUAAGGCCACAAAUGUAGCAGGUCAAGUGGACAAGAACUUCCAUCUCAACAUUCAUGUUCCCCCCAAGCUGGAUGGCCCAGCAGUGGAGCGUGUGACAGAAACCCUCAGUAAUCCCGUCAUUUUUGCUUGUGACGCCACAGGAAUCCCCCCACCCUCCCUCACCUGGCUGAAAAACGGCAGAGUAAUUGAGAAUUUGGAGUCUCUGGAGAUGCACAUCCUGUCUGGGGGCAGUAAGCUGCAGAUUGCCCGCUCACAGUUAUCUGACAGUGGCACUUACACCUGUGUGGCAUCCAAUGUGGAGGGCAAAGCUCGCAAGAACUACCAUCUUACGAUACAAGUCCCACCAAACAUCGCAGGAUCUGAGUUACCCAGUGAGAUGAGCGUUCUGCUAAAUGACAGCAUCCAGCUGGUGUGCCGUGCCGAAGGGACUCCAACCCCUGAGAUCCAGUGGCUGAAGGAUGGAAAGACACUUAGCAGAACUGCCCAGAGUAACAUCAAAAUCAGCCCUGAUGGUAGCACAUUAACUGUGACAGCCGUCCACAAAUCUGACAAUGGGAAAUACACAUGUGUGGCCACCAAUCAGGCUGGAGAGGAAGACAGAAUAUUCAACUUAAAUGUCUACGUUCCUCCUCUGAUCCAGGGGAACGGGCCUGAGGCCAAGGAACUGACCGCGGUGCUGGACAGCUCAAUAAAUAUGGAAUGCGUAGCCAGUGGUUCUCCACCUCCGCAGCUCAACUGGCUGAAGAACGGACUGCCGCUGCCAGUGUCCUCACAGAUCCGCCUUUUGUCUGCAGGCCAGGUCCUUCGCAUUGCUCGUGCACAGGUUUCCGAUGGAGGCACAUAUACUUGUGUGGCCUCCAACAGAGCUGGAGUGGACAACAGAUACUACAAUCUGCAGGUGCAUGUUCCUCCCAGUUUGGAUGGAGCAGGCAGCACAGAGGAAGUGACAGUCGUGAAAGGAAAUUUAGCCACUUUCAUCUGCCUCGUAGAUGGGACGCCCAGCCCAACCAUCACCUGGCUGAGAAACGAUGCCGCGUUGCCUAAAGACUCCCAGUUGUCACUCACAAACCAAAACAGCACUCUGCAAAUUUCUCUUGCAAGGGUCGACCACACCGGACGCUACACCUGCAACGCACGUAACCAGGCUGGAGAUGCGAGCCGCCACUUCAGCCUCAAAGUGCUUGACCCACCGCGGAUUAACGGUUCUGGUGCGGCCACUGAGGUCUCUGCGGUGGUAAAUCAUAUCUUAGAGCUGGUGUGUGAGGCUGAAGGCAUACCUGUACCCACUCUCACCUGGCUGAAGGAUGGGCGGCCGCUGCCUCUUACAGACAGCAUACGGCUCCUGAGAGACGGAGAGGUGCUCAGAGUUGCUUCUGCUCAGGUGGAGAACACUGGAAGAUACACCUGUUUGGCCUCCAGUCCUGCUGGAGAUGAUGAUAAAGAAUUUCUUGUCAGAGUACAUGUUCCACCCAACAUCGCUGGAGACAGAGGUGUCCAGGACGUGUCUGUUCUGAAAAACCGACAGGUGACCCUUGAGUGUAAAUCAGAUGCAGUUCCGCCUCCAGCACUCAGUUGGCUCAAAGAUGGAGCGCUUCUGAAGGUGUCCCCACGGGUACGUGUCCUCUCUAGCGGCCGAUAUCUACAGAUCAAUAAUGCAGAAUUGGGAGAUGCUGCCCAGUACACCUGCGUGGCCAGCAAUGUUGCCGGAGAAACCAGGCGACACUUUAACCUCAGUGUCAAUGUUCCUCCCACAAUUAAAGAUGGUCCUCAGUCUGUGUGGGUUCAUGUCAAUCAAGAGGUUGUGCUAGAGUGUGCCGUGAAUGGAGUACCUGCUCCACGCAUCACCUGGAGAAAAGGUGGAUCCAUCCUGGCAGGAAACAACCCCAAGUACAGGUUUGGUGUGGAUGGCUCCCUCCGGAUCCUCUCAGCACAGGUAACUGAUACGGGUCGCUACCUUUGCAUGGCCACCAAUCAGGCGGGCACAGAGCGUAAGAGAGUUGAUCUGCAGGUCUAUGUGCCGCCCUCCAUCGCCAAGGGUCCCACUAACAUCACUGUGACGGUGAACGUUCAGACGACCCUCUCCUGUGAGGCCACCGGCAUCCCCAAGCCCUCCGUCAGCUGGACUAAAAACACUCAAGCUCUUAACACUGACCAGAACCAGAAUAUGUACAGGCUGCUGUCUUCAGGGUCUCUGGUCGUCAUAGCACCCACAGUUGAUGACACAGCAGUGUACGAGUGUGAUGUAUCCAAUGAGGCAGGACAGGAAAGCAGAGCAAUUCAACUGACUGUUCACGUUCCUCCCUCUAUUGCUGAUGAGGUCACAGAGCUUGUUGUGAGCAGACUGUCUCCGGUGGUCAUCGGCUGUACUGCAUCCGGUGUUCCUCAUCCCACUUUAUACUGGAGCAAAGAUGGAUUAAGACUAGCCGAAAAUGGAGAGGGAUACACGAUACUGCCAUCAGGCCCUCUUGAGAUCACCACCGCACAGCUCAGCCACUCAGGCCGUUACACGUGUGUGGCUAAAAACGCUGCAGGCACCGCCCACCGGCACGUUCAGCUCACAGUACACGAUCCCCCAGUGAUACAGUCACACCCUUCAACACUGGAUGUAAUCCUGAACAACCAUGUGACUCUGCCCUGCAGAGCAACAGGCUCUCCUCGCCCAACAAUCACCUGGCAGAAAGAGGGUAUCAACAUCUUUACCACAGGAGGAGUUUUGACGGUGCUUCCCAACGGUGGUUUACAGAUCUCCAAAGCCAAAGUGGAAGAUUCAGGAACCUACAUGUGUGUGGCUCAGAAUCCAGCAGGCACGGCACUUGGAAAAACCAAACUUAGAGUGCAAGUACCGCCUAUCAUCACAUCUGACAUCAGGUCGUAUACUGUAGCACUAGAUGCAUCUGUGACUCUGCAGUGUCACUCGGAGGGUUUCCCCACUCCCUCUAUCACCUGGUACAAGGACGGGAAGCCGCUGAAUGAAUCUGUGCGGCAACGGGUUCUGAGCACAGGAGCGCUUCAGGUCGCCUUCGCUCAACCUGGAGACAUGGGCAGAUAUACCUGCACUGCUGCUAAUGUGGCUGGAAGCAUCAGUUUGGUGAUGAGCCUCACUGUACAGAUCCCUCCCUCCAUACGUAGUGGAGAGUCAGAGGUGUCGGUGGUAGAGAACACUCAAGCUCUGCUGUCCUGUGUGGCAGAAGGUGUCCCUCAGCCCACCAUCACCUGGGAGAAAGAUGGCAUUCCAAUCACUGACACCACUGGAGAAUAUACAAUCCUUCCUACAGGAGAACUGCUUAUAGAUGCUGCACAGCCGGAGGAUUCUGGGAGUUACACGUGUGUCGGCACCAACUUUGUAGGGCAGGACAGUCGUACUGUGGAUCUGUCAGUCCACACACAUCCAGUCUUCACAGAGCUUUUAGGAGAUGUGGCUCUCAACAAGGGAGAGCGCCUCCUACUGACCUGCGGGGUCCUUGGCAUUCCUCCACCAAAGAUCACAUGGGCAUUCAACAACAUUAUCAUCCCUGUCCAGUAUGAUCAUGUUAAUGGCCACAGUGAGCUGGUUAUUGAGCGUGUGAGUAAAGACGACUCGGGCACGUAUUCCUGUGUGGCUGAGAACAGCGUGGCAUCCAUCAAAUCUCUGGGAUUUGUUUAUGUUAAAGAACCACCAAUAAUAGAUGGAGAUGUUCAUUCAAACCGCAUUGAGCCUCUGGGAGGGAACGCUAUACUAAACUGUGAGGUGCGAGGCGACCCUCUGCCCACCAUCCGCUGGAGCAAAACUGGCAUCAGUGUGCCGAUUAGCAACCGCAUCCGCCAGCUUGACAAUGGAUCUCUAGCCAUCUACGGCACAGUGAGUGAAGAUGCUGGAAAUUACAUGUGCGUGGCCACAAAUGAUGCAGGAGUGGUGGAGAGAACAGUCACACUGACCUUACAGAGUUCUCCAACCAUCACUGUAGAACCGGUGGAGACGGUAGUAGAUGCAGGUGCAACUGUGAUGCUGAACUGUCAGGCAGAGGGUGAGCCUGUACCUGUCAUUGAGUGGUCCCGUCAGGAACGCCCCCUGUUGGGUAACGAGCGCAUCACCACCCUGAAUAACGGUUCUCUGCGGAUCAGUAGCGCUCAGAAAGAGGACACGGCGGAGUACGAGUGCGUGGCCCGGAAUCUGUUGGGUUCUGUGCUAGUGCGCGUGUCCAUCACAGUGCGUGUACAUGGAGGUAACUCUGAAUGGAUGGAGUGGGGAGCCUGCAGCGUUUCCUGCGGCACAGGAGUUCAGAGGAGAUUGAGACAGUGCACUAAGCCGCUUCCUGCUAAUGGAGGACGCCACUGCUCUGGUUCAGCGUCAGAAACACGCAACUGUAAAGGCAAACCUUGCCCAGUGGAUGGUAAUUGGUCAGAGUGGUCUUCCUGGGAGGAGUGCUCUCGUACCUGCAGUCAGGGUAACAGGACCAGAGUGCGCACCUGUAGUAAUCCUCACGCCCAACACGGAGGUAGAGCCUGUGAGGGCAAAGCCGUGGAGGCCAUCAUGUGUAGCAUACGGCCGUGCCCAGUGGCUGGGAACUGGGGUGCCUGGUUGCCAUGGAGCCCUUGUAGUGAAACGUGUGGCAAAGGGAUGCAGACAAGACUUCGACUGUGCAACAACCCUCCACCCUCAUUUAACGGCCCAACAUGUGAAGGACUUGACACGCAGACACAAGUGUGCAAUGAGAGGAAUUGUCCCGUGGAUGGAAAGUGGUCAUCAUGGGUAAGCUGGGGGGCUUGUAGUGUUUCUUGCGGAGGCGGCACCAGGCAAAGGACACGUGUCUGUGCAAGCCCCGCCCCCCAGCAUGGAGGACGGCAAUGUGAAGGAAAUGACAUCCACAUCGAUUUCUGCAACAGCGAGCCCUGUCCCGUUCAUGGUAACUGGGGCCCGUGGAACAGCUGGGGUAGCUGUAGCAGGACCUGUAACGGUGGUCAGAUGCGUCGCUACAGAACGUGUGACAAUCCUCGACCGGCAAACGGAGGCAGAGCAUGUACCGGAUCAGACGCACAAAUCCAGAAGUGCAACACAGCCAGCUGCCCUGUUGAUGGUAAGUGGAGUUCAUGGGAGUCAUGGAGUGAAUGUUCAGCAUCCUGUGGGGGUGGAGAACGCACACGCGUCAGACUCUGUAACAACCCGUCACCUAGCAACAACGGCCGUCUCUGCCCAGGAGACUCCUCCCAGUUAUCCCGAUGUAACAUACAGCCAUGUCCAGGUGGCCCUCAGACGGCCAGAGGAAGUAUUAUCGGAAACAUUAAUGACGUGGAGUUUGGCAUCGCCAUCCUCAACGCAACCAUCUCCAGCAGUUCCACAGGAGGCAGAAUUAUACAAGCCACCAUCACUAAUAUUCCUAGGAGUCUGGGUCCUGCAAUGAGGAAGUUGAUCUCCAUCCUAAACCCCAUCUACUGGACCACAGCACAUGAGCUGGGGGAGGCCGUCAAUGGCUACACUCUCACAAACGGCAUCUUUAGACGAGAGACACAGGUGGAGUUUGCUACAGGUGAGAUUCUCAGAAUGACCCAUGUGGCACGGGGGCUGGACACGGAUGGAGCUCUUCUGCUGGACAUUGUAGUAAACGGACACAUCCUCCAACUGCCAUCCAAUGCAGACAUUGGCCUGAAGGACUACACAGAAGACUACAUCCAGACUGGUGCUGGGCAGGUGUACGCUCUGUCCACACGUAUGUUUAGUAUAGACAGGGUGAGCGUACCUUACUCCUGGAACCACACCAUCACCUAUGACCCCUCAAGAGGUAAGAUGCCCUAUCUGGUGGAGACUCUCCACGCCUCGGCCAUCAGCGCUUUCUACCACCCUCUAGAGGAGAAACUGGAGUUUUCCAUCCAUGCGACCAUUGCGAAAGGAGAGCGCAGUAAUCAAUGUCCCAGUGGUUUUCAGCUGGACCCUGCAGGGCCGUACUGUGCAGAUGAGAAUGAGUGCUCUGAGGGAAAUCCCUGCUCACACGCCUGCCACAAUGCUAUAGGCACAUACUACUGCUCCUGUCCCAGAGGACUCACCAUAUCAGCCGACGGCAGGACGUGCCAGGAUAUUGAUGAGUGUGCACUGGGUGGACACAUGUGUCAUGAUGGACAAGACUGUGAGAACACCAUUGGUUCAUAUCGCUGUGUGAUGCGUUGUGGGCGGGGUUUCAGGAGGACGGCAGAUGGGCUGAGCUGUUCAGAUGUGAACGAGUGUCAAGAAUCUAACCCCUGUCAUCAGCACUGUCUAAAUACCAUCGGCAGCUUCCGCUGUGCUUGUGAGCCAGGCUAUCAGCUCAGGAAUCGUCGCUGCAUCGACAUCAAUGAAUGCAGACAGAGAGUGUGUCGCUCAGAUCAGCAGUGUAAAAACACACGUGGUGGUUACACUUGCAUUGACCUCUGCCCUACUGGCAUGACCAAAGGAGGCAAUGGCACAUGCAUAGACAUCGAUGAGUGUCAUGAUGGCACGCACCAGUGCAGAUACAAUCAGAUCUGUGAGAACACCAGAGGAAGCUACCACUGCACCUGCCCCAGAGGGUAUCGCUCUCAGGGCGUGGGUCGCCCCUGCCUUGACAUAAACGAGUGCGAGAUGGUACCAGUGCCCUGUGCCUAUCGGUGCGUGAACAGCCCCGGCAGCUACAAGUGUCUGUGCCCCCCUGGGCUCCACCUGCUGGGCGAUGGAAAGUCCUGUGCCGGACUGGAGCGCUUGCCAGGCUAUGAGAGUUUCUUAUACGGUUACAGAACCUCACAGUCCUCCAGCGAUCGGAGCUCCUACCAGCAGCGCUACCAUAGCAUGGCCUCCCAGAGUUAUCAUUCGUAUGUCCCUAUCAGGGAGAGUUACCCAGCCAACAGACCGCACAGUAACCUCUCGCGCGGUCGUAGGGAGACUAAUACAUGCCCUCCUGGAUUCAGGGCAGUAAAGGGCUGGUGUUUAGAUAUAAACGAGUGUGAGCAGAGAGACACGUGUCAACAUGAGUGUAUGAACACACCAGGAAGCCACAGGUGCUCGUGCCCCAAUGGUUAUCGCCUUAUGACCAAUGGCAAAACCUGCCAAGAUGUGGAUGAAUGCUUGGAGCAGAAUAUUCAGUGUGGUGCAAACAGAAUGUGUUUCAACAUGAGAGGGAGUUACCAGUGUAUCGACACACCUUGCCCUCCAAACUACCAGAGAGAUCCAACCACCGGGUUCUGCUUGAAGAACUGUCCGCCCAAUGAUCUGGAGUGCGCCCUGAGCCCGUAUGCACUGGAGUACAAGCUGCUGUCCCUGCCCUUCGGCAUCGCCGCCAAUCAGGACCUGAUCCGACUGGUCGCCUACACCCAGGAUGGAGUCGUCCACCCCCGCACGUCCUUCUUAGUGGUGGACGAGGACACGUCCUUGCCUUUCGCCCUGCGGGACGAGAACCUCAAAGGCGUUCUGUUCACCACGCGGCCGCUGCGUGAACCUCACACGUACCGUAUGAAGGUGCGAGCCCUUUCCUACAGUGCUGACGGAGGAAUCGAGUACCAGACCACCUUCAUCGUCUACAUUGCCGUCUCAGCCUAUCCCUACUGAGAGCACUUUAUUACGCCCAGCUCACGAGAGAGAGAGAGAGAGAGAACUGUGCAGGUUUUGUACAGGCAUGACUGAGGAGCGCGUGUUUUUGCGUGAGUGUAUAUGCAGGAGUGUGUAGCUUCAGAUCCGCCACUUGAAGAGAUACUCACAGUUUAUGUUGACACGGAAAGCCUAAAGGUAAAGACAAUGCUGAUCUCUGGGGUUCACUGGAGAGCCAAAAGAAUAUGGACUUGUUGUUUGGCUGUUUUAGAAUGAACUAUGGGUGGUGUAAGAAUACAUUUGCAUAUACUUCUACCUAUUAACUUAUUGGGAAUUGCUUGAAAAUAUGAACGAAACUCAUUUUCAUCUGAUUGGUUGCUGGAUGGGAGGGAAUGAUUUGGUUGGUUUAGAUUUGUGCUUGUUGACAGAAGGUUUGGGUUUGAGCCAUAUACAGUAUCCAGUAGAAAUGAAAGAAACGACCACCUCAGGUAAGCACUACCUUUACUCUAGAAGAGAGUAUUGUCUGUCCAUCAUUCAUUAGUUAUAAUUACAGGUUCAUACACAAUUGGAGUAUUUUUGUAGGUAUUAAGUCAGUAAUCAAGGUGUAUUCUAUUCUCAUGAUAUGUAUAUAAAGCAUUUGGGUUUUUUAUUUGCAAUACUUGUAUUGUAUUCACUUUUUUAAAAAAGCAAUAAAAAUGUA